AUGGGCAUUAAUCCAAGAAGUGGUAGUAACGGCACGACACAAGCUUGCGCUGCGUGUAAAUACCAACGUAGGAAGUGCGCUCCUGACUGCAUUCUCGCCCCUUAUUUUCCUCAUGAUCGCCAAAGACAAUUCCAAAAUGCGCAUAAAUUGUUUGGAGUCAGCAACAUCUCCAAGAUCAUCAAGGCCCUCAACCCUCCUGAGAAAGACAUUGCGAUGCGUACCAUUGUAUUUCAAUCUGAUGCACGAGCCAAUGACCCUGUUGGGGGUUGUUAUAGGAUCAUUCAAGAGCUUCAGCGUCAGAUAGAGUACAGCCAGGCUGAGCUUGACCUGGUUUUUCAUCAGCUAGCCAUAUGCCGAGCACAGGCAGCUCACCAGCAGCAGCAGCAGCAACUGCAGACGUCUCACUUGCAAAUGCAAGAACCAGCUGCAGGUGAUUCAACGUUAGGUUGUGAAAUGGUGAAUCCCGAUCCAUUGACCACGUAUAAUUCGAACUAUUAUUAUGUUCAAGAGCCUCUGGACGAGCAGUUUACGGUGAAUGAUAACAACGUCCAUCAUCACAUGCAAGAAAAUUAUGAUUCAUGGGACAUACAAGAAUCGACUACAGCCUUAUCAUCUUUGAAUAUCAAGCAGAGUUUCAUCAAAGAAGGUGAUAAUGAUUAUAAUAAUGAAGUUAAGCCCGAUCAUGGUAUACCUUGUGAAAGACAUGAAAUCAAGUUUGAGACUGAAGAACUAGUUGAAAGGAGGUUUGUUCCAUCGACACAGUUGGUUAUGUCAUCUUAG